CCACAGCUCAUGGCAACACCAGAUUGUUAACUCACUGAAUGAGGCCAAGGAUUGAACCCACAGCCUCACGGACACUGUGUGAGGUCCUUAACCGGCUGAACCGCAAUAGGAACUCCUGGUUCAAAGUCUGAAGCAGGGUUUGAGAAACUGAGGGUGGACCUCUUUGUUGAGGGCACUUUAGAAGGGGCAGGAAGAAGUGGCACUUGUUGCCAUCUUGCGGGAAUAUUGCUCCACAGAAUAUGCUCUGGGAAAGGCGGAGGCCCAGAGACCAGCCUGGAGACCCCAGGCCUAAAUCAGCAAGGACCUAAACCAGAGGAGCUAAACUGUUUUGUGAAGCCUGUCACCCUCCUGUAGGGCAAUUUCACUUGAAUGACCUUUGGCCCCACCCACCAGCAUAUGGAACUUCUGAGGCCAAAGAUCUAAUCCGGACCCAUCUUAGACCUAUCGCACAGUGAUCACACCAGAUCUAUAACCCACUGUGCUGAUCCAGGAAUCGAACCAGCAACACCACAGAGACAAGCCACAUUAUUAAUGUACUGGGCCACAGAGGGAGGACUCCUGAAUGACACCUCCCUGUACCUGACUCCUAAACACAACCCUCUUACGUACUUUUUUUUUUUUUUACAGUCAGAGAAAUUAUUUUUUUUUCUUUUUAGGGCAUAUGGAGGUUCCCAGGCUAGGGGUUUAAUCGGAGUUGUAGCCGCCAGCCUAUGCCACAGCCACAGCAACACGGGAUCCGAGCCACAUCUGCAACCUACACCACAGCUCACGGCAACACCAGAUCCUUGACCCACUGAGUGAGGCCAGGGAUCGAACCCCCAACCUCAUGGUUCCUAGUCGGAUUUGUUUCUGCUGCGCCACGACAGGAACUCUGAGAAAUUCUUUUUUAACUUACUUUUAAUCCUUAUGCCCUGCUCUGCGACCUACACCACAGCUCAGGGCAACGCCGGAUCCUUAACCCGCUGAAUGACACCAGGGAUAGAACCCACAUCCUCAUGGAUCCUAGUCGGGCUCCUUACCGCUGAGCCACAGCAGAGACUUCCAAGAGGGUCCUUCUGACCUUUCUCAGACCUUAUCCUAUUCACUCCCGGCUGCCCCUACAACCUCCUGGAACAGGAGCUUCCAGAAUUUCAGUCUCGACCAGGCUUCCAAUAGAGAAGGUUCCUGGACCAUCUCAUUUUUAGAUCCUCAGCCCUGGGGAUAAUCUGCUGUCACCCCGUGACGGGUCGAAGCCCGCGGAUAAACGACCCAGAGCCGAAAAAAAAACGUCUGAAUUCGCAGCGGCGGAACGAGCCGGGCUCGGCGCUGGAGGCGGUGGUCGCCAGCCUGGGCGGGGCCGCGGCUGCACCUUCAGCACGGCGGGCACUGGGACCCGGCUGGGAAGCGGGGCCGCCGCGCUCUGGGCAACGCCGCCCCCCGGCCGGUGGCAGCGCCUUGGCGGGCGUCCUGUCGCCGCCGCGGCCAUGUUGACUGAGGGCUCGAAGACAAAGCCACCUGGAGACACCGGCGUGGCGUCAUCUGGGCACGACGGCGCGGGAGCAAAGUUCGUGGGGCGGUGUUGCCGCCAUCUCUCAGGAAGGCACCUUCCAGUCCUGGUUCUCCGGGCAUCUUCGGCCACCCCCGUGGGUCCUCGAGGGGCUGUUCCUGCUCCCCCGGCCCCAGACCCUUGGGCCCGGCCGGGGAGCAACCCGGAUCGCCUCUCCUGCAUGGACCCCGGCCGGUAGGGGUGGCGCUGGCCCACCGCCGGGGUGGCACUUACGAUGGCGCCGCCCCCGGCCCCGCUCCCCACGCGGGAACCUAACGGGGCCGGGGGCCAGUGGGGGACACCGGAGCCCGUUAAGUUCGCGGACGUGGCCGUGUACUUCUCCCCGGAGGAGUGGGCGUAUCUGCGGCCCGCGCAGAAGGCCCUCUAUCGGGACGUGAUGCGCGAGACCUACGGCCUCCUGGGCGCGCUCGGCUUUCGAGGCACCAAGCCAGCCCUCAUCUCCUGGGUGGAGCAAGAGGCCGAACUGUGGGGUCUAGAGGCCAGGGAUCCGGAGGUGGGAGAGUGUCUGACAGAGGCAGACACAGCAGGUUCUAGAGACCAGGAAGAGAAAAGACAAAGAGAAGAGACAGAGGCUCUGGGGAAGAUCUUUUCUGUGGACGCUCAGCCUCCCGGGCUGACAGCUCUCAAACCGCUUUCCGCUGGGUUUUCUGGUGGUUGGGAGCAGCCAUCCAAGAUGCCUCGCCGGGGUCGCCCGCCACUCUGUGCCCAUCCCCCGGUCCCCAGGGCAGACCAGCGCCACGGUUGCUACGUGUGCGGGAAGAGUUUCGCCUGGCGCUCCACCCUGGUGGAGCAUCUGUACAUGCACAAGGGUCAGAAGCCCUUCUGCUGCCCUGACUGCGGCAAGGGCUUCAGCCAGGCCUCCUCUCUGAGCAAGCACCGGGCCCUCCACCGUGGCGAGCGGCCCCACCGCUGCCCGGACUGUGGCCGCGCCUUCACCCAGCGCUCCGCGCUCACCACCCACCUCCGGGUGCACACGGGCGAGAAGCCCUACCGCUGUGCCGACUGCGGCCGCUGCUUCAGCCAGAGCUCCGCCCUCUACCAGCACCAGCGGGUCCACAGCGGCGAGACCCCGUUCCCCUGCCGGGACUGUGGCCGCGCCUUCGCCCACGCCUCCGACCUCCGGCGCCACAUGCGCACCCACACGGGCGAGAAGCCCUACCCGUGCCCAGACUGCGGGCGCGGCUUCCGACAGAACUCCGAGAUGGCAGCCCAUCGGCGCACGCACAGCGGCGAGCGCCCCUACCCCUGUCCUCAGUGUGGCAGGUGCUUCGGCCAGAAGUCAGCCGUGGCCAAGCACCAGUGGGUGCAUCGGCCUGGCGCCGGCGGCCGCGGGGGCCGGGCUGCCAGCGGGGUGCCUACACCCUUGGCUUCUGGCGGCGGGGGGGACCUGGACCCACCCGUGGGCUUCCAGCACUACCCAGAGAUCUUCCAGGAGUGUGGGUGAUGGCCUCAAAGGUGACAAGGCAGAAGUUGAAGACCUAGACAUUGUCCGAGGCCCAGGGUGGCCUCAGGGGCCUGAAAGUCUGUGGCAGCUCCAGGGAGGUCUCAGAAUUCCCCCCCCAACCCCAGAGCUGGACCUGGGGGAUGAGGACUGGGUCAUCUUAGGCCCUCACCAGCUUGAUCUGCUGAUACUUGUUCCUUACUGGCCCAGACUCUAGGAGCACCCGGCUUGCUGAGUUAGGGCUGAGGAAAGAACCCCCACUGUGGGGAAGAAAAGGCUGUGGCUCAGCUUAGAUGUAAGAGGAUGGAGGUGGAGAACCGUGUUUUACCCUUUGACGUCACUGCAGAAGUUAAAAACUGGAGUUCCUGUUGUGGCUCAGUGGUUCACGAACCCAACUGGUAUCCAUGAGGAUGUGGGUUUGAUCCCUGGCCCCACCCAGUGGGUUAAGGAUCCGGUGUUGCCGGGAGCUGUGGUGUAGGUCACAGAUGCAGCUUGGAUCCUGGGUUGCUGUGCCUGUGGCUGGCAGCUGUAGCUCUGAUUCUACCCCUAGCCCGGGAACCUCCAUAUGCCACGGGUGUGGCCCUAAAAAGACAACCCCCCCCCAAACCCGACUAGUUUCUAUGAGGACACGGGUUUGAUCCCUGGCCUUGCUCAGUGGGUUAAGGAUCUGGAGUUGCUGUGAGCUGGGUAUAAGUUGCAGACGUGGUUCGGAUCUAGUGUUGCUGUGGCUGGGGUGUAGGCUGGCAGCUGCAGCUCCUUUUCAACCCCUAGCCUGGGAACUUCCAUAGGCCUUGGGUGUGGCUGUUAAAAAAUAAAAAGUUAAAAAUUGAUGGCCGUGCCCUAAAUCUGGCAUGCGGCAGCCUCUUUAAUUUUUUUUUUUGCCUCAGGCAGCAUUUAAAAAUGUUAAGAAUUAUUGGUUAAGAUUUAAGAGUCAGGACACUUCACACAAAGAAGCAGGUCUCUGGCCUCUCUUUAAAAAUCCAAAGAUUUGGAGUUCCUGUCGUGGUGCUGCGGGAACGAAUCUGACUAGGAACCAUGAGGUUUCGGGUUUGAUCCCUGGACUCCCUCAGUGGGUUAAGGCUCCGCUGUUGCCAUGAGCUGUGGUGUAGGUCACAGACGCGGCUCAGAUCUGGCGUUGCUGUGGCUGUGGUUUAGGCUGGCAGCUACAGCUUCGAUUAGACCCCAGCCUGGGAACCUCCAUAUGCCGUGGGUGCGGCCCUAAAAAAGCCAAAAGCCAAAAGCCAAAAAAAAAAAAAUCCAAAGAUUUGUCAUCUUGACCUGUGCUCCCACAAAACCACAUCUGGUGGGAGCCGAGGGGCAGAUGGCCCUGUGGCUGGAGCCCAGGCUUUCUAGUUGAGCGCCCGCCACCUCUUAUCACCUCCUGACCACUGUCAGCUGGCAUUCAUCAUGGCUUGCCCAUGUCUCUCGCGAAGCAGGCCCGCUCCAUCAGGCAUUUUCUACUUAUUUGCAUGACCUGUUAGGAUCCUUUAGUCAUUUGAGUCUACAAACUGCAGUUCACGGCAUUUAAGUGUUUCUGAAUCAGGGAGUCAGGUAGAGAGUAUGUGUGUGAGAGGGUGUCAGGAGAGCAGUAAAACAGGCUUUAGGUGAGAAUGUGGCUUGUGUUUUGUGGUUUACAAUGUACUGCCUUAUCCAUCAGCUCAUUUCAUCCUCAUAACAGCCUGUGGAAGGCAGCAUCUAGUGUGGAGAGGACAGCCCAACAGGAGGAAGCAGUCAGGACCAAAUCAUUUGCCCCAAACGGAGUGGUGUCUCCGCCAUACCUCAGUCCCCCUCUCAGUGGACUUGCUUUUCCUGUUAGGGUUUUUUUUUUUAAAUUUUUUUUCCAGGCCACAUCCGUGGCAUAUGAAACUUCCCAGGCUAGGGGUAGCUGCUGGCCUAUACCACAGCCACAACCACUUGGGAUCCCAGGCACAUCUGCGACCUACACCACAGCUCACAGCAACGCCAGACUUCAGAUCCACUGAGCAAGGCGAGGGAUUGAACCUGCAUCGUCAUGGAUGCUGAUGCUCGUUUUUGCUGAGCGAUGACGGGAACUCCACCUAGGGAAACUUCUAAAAGAAGAGGGAAAAGCUUUGAGGAAAAGCCCCUGUUCAGGUAAAGUGAUGAACUGACUCGAUUCCAACCUACUCCUCCAAUCUGACCCCACCAAGACUCACCAUAAACUUCACUGGGAGGAUUGGCUCAUAUGCCACCUGUCACAAGGGGGCGUGGGGGUGAGGGGAGGUACCUUGGCAGUAGUAGAUACCUUUGCACCAGCUUUUAAUCCCCUAGAGAAGCCAGUCCUGCCUCCCCCUGCUCCUCAGCACUGCCUGGGGAAAGUGCAACCUGCAAUACCAGUUCUCAGUUCAGCCUCAAAGCCAGAUCUGGACCCUGCCCUGAUCUUGCCAAUUAAAAGUAUCAUAAUUACUACUU